AUGGCAACAUUAGGAACACACCCUGCGCUAUUCAGUGCCAGCCCAAGCUUUGACGAAGAUGAUUACUCACAGUCAACGGAUUACUCCUACUCGACUACGUCUAUUCGUUCCUCCAUGACUGGAUCCUUUCGAGACGACUCGGUGGGUGACUCGGGCAUAGAUAGCCCUACCCGAAAACCUCUGACGCCGUUUCAAAACUCCUUCUCAACUCUGGCAGGCUUGGCAUCAUCCAACAAUAAAAAAUCGUCCAUGCCUUUUGGCAUGCAAUCACCAGGGACCAAGGCAAAGAAGAAGGCGGAUAUUGAUCGAGCGAAACGAACUAUUGAACGUCUGAAUCAGGCCGAGAUGCAACUCAAAAUGAAAGUUUGCUACACGGACAAUAAUGAUGGAAGGUCGUCGUUGUCCUCCAAAAAAGGGAAGAAGAAAAAGGGCAAACAGGAAAAUUCUGAAAUCAAACUAAAACUGAGUCAGAUUGAUAUUGCUCGGAACUUUUAUCAGAGGCGUAUCAAUCAGAAUUCUGUGGCUGGACCUGUGCCUUUGGAGAUACUGAACAUUGUCAAGAGCGUCUCUGCCCCACCUCAGCAACCGAUAUCCUCUAGAGGGGUUGUAUAA